AUGGCUUCGCGAUUCCAGGAAGCUUCGCUGGUUACUUCGCCGUCGUAUCCAAACGCCGUCGUUUGGUCAUCGGAGAAUCUCAUCGCCGUCGGAGCUGGCCACCUCGUCAUCAUCCUCAAUCCGGCAUUACCUAGUGGACCUCGUGGAUUGAUCACAAUCCCUAAUGCUGACCCUUAUCAGAUUGGUCUUGUUCCCUCACAAGAUUUGCUGAUUGGUGGACUCUUACCUUCGAGUUUGAAGAGGGAAAGAAACCCAUGUGUUCGAUCUCUCUCAUGGUCUGAUAUAGGAAUGUCUCCGAACCACGGGUGUUUACUGGCUCUUUGCACAGCAGAAGGAAGGGUUAAGAUAUACCGGCCUCCGUAUUCUGAUUUCUGUGCUGAGUGGAUAGAGAUUGUUGAUGUGUCUGAUAUGCUUUAUGAGAAUCUAUCAAGAAUGAAUUUUGGAGAGUCCAACAAUCCUUCUACGUCAUUAUCUAAGGAUCUAGUGGUGCAACUUGACCAUGAAGAUGAUGAAAGGAAUUUAACUCUGAAGGCACACAAACGAAGAAGAACAAGCCGAGACAUAAUCUUGCAUGAAAAGAGUUUUACAGAUAAAGCAUCAUGUUCCAAGCAAGACAGUCAAACGGGGCAUAAUGUACUUGAUAUUGAAGCAUAUGAACAGGCAAGCAAUGCCGACCAUUUGCCUAAAACGUCAAAAAAUUGCAGUCAAGAGAUAAGUCCAGAAAAAUAUGUUUCUCGUGAGGCAUUAUUAUCCUCUCUUUCUGUCGCCUGGUCAUCUCUACUAACAUUCUCAUCAGAAGGUUCUUCUUGUGAGAAAAUGUUGAGAUUCUCUCUUUUGGCAAUUGGUUCAAAGUCCGGCUGUGUUUCCAUAUGGAAAGUUCAUGCACCAGAAUGCUAUAACAUUGAACGCAGCAAUGUAACUCCCAUCGUGAAACUUACUGCUAUAAUUCAGGCCCAUAGCUCAUGGGUUUCAACGAUGAGUUGGGGAAUUUUUGGCUGUGAUUCUUCGAAUCAGCAAGUGGUGUUGGUUACUGGGAGUUGCGAUGGUAGUGUAAAGAUUUGGAUGAGCGACAAAGAAGACGUGCAAAAAUCUGUUGAGGUCUAUAAAUCUUCAUUUUUUCUGUUGAAAGAGGUUGUAACGGUAAAUCCUAUUCCGGUUUCAACGCUUUCAUUUGCUGUAAACAAUGUUUCGAAUGCAAUGAACUUGGCAAUUGGCAAAGGAUCUGGUUCCUUCGAAGUCUGGAAGUGUGACAUAUUUAGCAGAAAGUUUGAACAAGUUGCUUCAACUAAUGCUCAUGACCAAGUAGUUACGGGUUUAGCUUGGUCAUAUGGUUGCCGUUGUUUGUACAGUUGCAGUCAGGAUAAUUAUGUCCGGAACUGGAUUUUAUGUGAGAAUAGCAUCUCUGAAGUGCCAAUUCCUGCAAACACUCCUGGUCUCAAUAGCACGACUGAUCUUCCUGAUGAUUUUCUAUCAUGCCUUGGUGUGGCAUUGUCCCCUGGAAACCUUGCUGUUGCUUUGGUCCGCAGCUUUAACGUUGAACUCUUGAACCCGAUGUACCAAGCCAGAUCGCAGAAGGCUGCUCUAGAAUUCCUCUGGAAUGGUGCACAACAAUCCGGUGAGUCAGAAGAUUCUUCAGAGACAAUAACGGAAGCUAUUCUGGGUUUCUCCAAGAAUGAAUUCGCAUACUGGGAAUCGAAUUUGCUCUGGUCGUUGAAAAAAUUUAACGAUUUAAAUAAGCUUCUAGUUCUAUGGGAUAUGGUAGCUGCAAUGUUGGCGUUCAAGCAAUCAAUGCCAGAGUUUGUUGAAUUGAUCUUGUGCCGAAGAUCUCCAAACGCUUCUCUACUGUUCCUUACAGGCUAUUACUUACACAUUCUCAAUGUAAUCUCCAGACGUGUAAUGUUAUCAGAGCUCAAAAGGGAGGAAAUCAACAGAAAAUUGCAAGGUCAAAGAACGAACAAUGAAGAAGAGAUUGAUCUGUGGCUCAAACUGCUUGAGGAAAGCGAAAGAGAACUCCGAGAGAGACUGAUUGGUCUCAGUUUCUCGGCUUAUCUAAGCACUGAGUCAUCUCCAGGUACUGUUUUCUCUUCCACUGGGAGUUGGCGUCCAACUGGAUUGGCUCAGUUGCAACAAUGGGUUGAGAUAAAUCACGAUAUUGUCCCUAGUCAGCUUGAAACACUUUCCGCGGAAGUAAAAUCUAGUCUAACAAGAUCAAGUAACAGCACAGAAAUCGCAUUAGAGGAAGAGAAAUGCCCAUAUUGCGCCGCGCCUGUCCAUUUCCACUCACCAGAAGAAGCUUUUUGUCAAUCUCCGCACCAAAACAAGAAGAAGAGCAAAGACAAASAGAGAUGUGAUCAAAGUCACGAGCUUGAGAGGUGUUGUGUCUCAAUGCAAGUAUGUCCACCAACUCCUUUAUGGUUCUGCAAAUGCUGCAGCCGAAUGACUUUAGAACUCGCUCCAGAGACCUUAUUUGCAUUGCCUUCGUUCCCGAGUGAUCUCAAAUCGCUUWCGGAAUCUUACUUUAGCAAUGUUGCCACAAAACCAUUCUGCCUCUUCUGCGGAAUUCUCUUGCAGAGAAAGCAGCCWGAGUUUCUGCUCUCUGCUUCACCUGUGUGA